UCAGGAGUCCUUUUGUUCAAACAGGUUAAAGAUGAUGAGCGAAGAAGAUAACCUGGUGAAAGAGGAGGAAAUUCUAUCAGAGGAGGAGGAUAACUUGGUAAAAGAGGAGGAAAUGUUCCUAAUUGGAGAGGAUGAAGAAUACCUGGUGAAAGAAGAGAAAAUAUUUGAGGAGGAGGAAGAGGAGGAGGAGGAAGAAGAGGAUGAGGAAAAUCUGGUGAAAAUAGAGGUGAUUCUCCCAGAGGAAGAAGAAAAUCUAAUAAAAGAGGAGAUACUUCUUCCAGAAGAAACUUCCCUGUUGGAAGAGUAUGAAAUCAAUGUUUUUCAAAUCCAAGGGGAUGAAAUACCCUGUGACAGUGAACUUGGUCCCGAGAUCCCAGGUUAUAUUCCAAGAAAGAGACAUUGUAAAACCGUGCCACGGGCAGGAGCUGUCGGGGAACCCAACCAAGCCACAGCCCGGAAGGGUGGAAGAAUCUAUAAGUGCCCCGACUGUGGAAAAAUCUUUAAGCGGUGUUCGCCUCUUAUCAGACACCGAAGAACCCACACUGGAGAAAAACCUUACGUUUGCCGUGAAUGCUUGAAACGUUUCAGUGACAGCUCAGCCCUUGUGAAGCACCAAAGAAUUCAUGCAGGAGAGAAACCUUACACGUGUCCCGAGUGUGGAAAGAGCUUUUCCCAGAGCUCAACCCUGAUUGCACAUCAGAGAAUACACACUGGAGAGAAACCGUAUAAAUGCCCUGACUGUGGGAAGAGUUUUAGUGUGAGCUCUAACCUUGUUGCUCAUCAAAGAAUCCACACAGGAGAAAAGCCUUUUGGCUGUCCUGUCUGUUUAAAAGGUUUCCUGGUCAGCUCCCACCUUAUCAGACACUUGAGAAUACACACUGCAGAGAAACCUUAUAUUUGCAGAGAAUGUGGCGAAUGCUUUACCCAAAGCUCUCAUCUUGUUGUUCAUAAGAGGAUCCACACAGGAGAAAAACCCUAUCUGUGUUCUGAGUGUGGGAAAAAUUACCGCGGGAUCUCCGAUCUGAUCCAGCAUCAAAGGAUUCACACAGGAGAGAAGCCCUACAAAUGCUCCGAGUGCGGCAAAUGCUUCAGCCAAAGCUCAUGUCUCAAGAAGCACCAGCGAAUCCACACGGGCGAGAAACCUUACAUGUGCCUCAGGUGUGGGAAGAGAUUUAACCGGAAUUCACAUCUGACUAGGCAUCAAAAAACCCACGUCGGGUAAUUUCUAAAGAAGAAUUACCUGCAAGUUCCUCUCUUAUUACAGCCC